GAAUCUGCAGAUUUCCCGUCAUCAAUACAUUAAUACAGUGUAUUAUGUAAAUAUGACAUGUUCAGAAAAUGUAUGUACAUUAAAUAUAUGUGUAUUAAAUAUUACAUAUAUAUUUAUGUGUGAAGGAUGAAGUCACCUCAGCUGUUUGUUGAACUUCCUGUCGUCUGACGCAGCAGAAACACACACACACACACACACACACACACACACACACACACACAUGCGCGCGCACACACACACAGCCCCUCUGGUGGAGCUCCUCCUCCCUGCGCUGCAGUCUGCAGGUUCUCUUCAGUUUUCAGGAGCUGCUGCAGUCAACAGGAAGCUGAGCUGAUCCAGAUCAGACUGAGUUCUGUUUAUCAGUAAAGGUUCCUCAGGUUCUCUGUGGGUUUCUGAUCAGACAACAUGAGGAGGAGACCAGAGGAGCAAAACAUCCAGAGCUGCUGAUCAGGAUGUCAGAUAACUGGUCUGUUGUAAGUCUGUCAUCACCCACCCAUUCAGUAGCCACACCCCCUCCCAAUAACUCCCAGUUCCCUCUCGCAGACUGGGAGGCUCCCAGUUUUACCCGGGCCGCUCAGUUCCGUGUCGGUGCCAUCUUCAUCCUCUUCCUGUUUGCCGCCUGCAGUAACCUCGCCCUAUUGGUCAGUGUAUGGUGUGGGCGCGGCCGCCGGCUGGCAUCUCACCUGCGGCCACUGAUGUUGAGCCUGGCGUCGGCCGACCUGAUGAUGACCUUUGUGGUGAUGCCUCUGGACGCAGUAUGGAACAUAACGGUGCAGUGGUACGGAGGAAACGUGCUCUGUAAGCUGCUCUGCUUCCUGAAACUAUUCGCCAUGCAUGCCUCCGCCUUCAUCCUUGUCGUCAUCAGCCUCGACCGCCAGCAUGCCAUCCUGCACCCACUGGAUGCUCUGAGUGCGCACAGCAGGAACCGGCGCAUGCUUCUGCUGGCUUGGAGUCUCAGCCUGUUGCUCGCAUCACCACAGCUGUUUAUCUUCCGGGCAAUCCGGGUGGAGGCCGUGGACUUCACUCAGUGUGCGACUCAUGGCAGCUUCAGCCGCCGCUGGCAGGAAACGCUGUACAACAUGUUCCACUUCACCACGCUGUACGUCAUCCCCCUGCUGGUGAUGAGCUGCUGCUACAGCCGCAUCCUGCUGCACAUACACCUGCAGCACCUGAGGGACAGAGCAGGUGAGUCUUAUCUGCGUCGCAGCGGCACUGACAUCAUCCCGAAGGCCCGGAUGAAGACUCUGAAGAUGACGGUGGUCAUCGUGCUGUCCUUCGUGGUGUGCUGGACGCCAUACUACCUGCUGGGGAUCUGGUACUGGUUCCAGCCCGACAUGCUGCGCAUCACUCCUGAGUACAUCCACCACGCCCUCUUCGUGUUUGGGAACCUGAACACCUGCUGCGACCCCGUCAUCUAUGGCUUCUACACGCCGUCCUUCAGGGCCGACCUCGCCGCCUGCUGCCACAGGACGGAGAGUGACGCGUCACUGCGGUCUCCAGACCGACCGUCAGUCCGGCAGGGUCCACACAGUAGCGAGCAUGAGACGGACCCCGCCACUAACAACCAGGCUGCAGGAGACUAAAACUGACCAAUCAGAGGACAGUAGUCUUAUAUUCUGUACCUGAACACUGUCAGGUUGAGAAACUGGACUGGAUCAACUGAAGGUGGAUCAGUACGGCAGUUCUGGACUGUGUGUGCCCCCUGGUGGACAAAAACACCUCCUGCAGAUUCAACAGGACAAAAAGAGCGAGUGACUGCAGCAGCUCCACCAGGAAGAAGCUGAUUGGUCCUUGAUCUUUUUCCAGCAUUGAUCCCCCAGAGUUACCGUUGACUGAAACAUGUGAUCAAAUUAAAGUGAGAUAGAUGAUUGAUUAAUGUUAAAGAUUAUUAAUGUUAAAGAGGAACUAAACUUGUGUAAAUCUGCUGUCUGAGUUCCAAACAUGUCAGCUGAUAUGAUCAGUAAUCAAUCAAUCAACUGAUAAGCUGCAAUGAAAAUGAUCUUUUCUAACAUGACUGAAACAAACUGAACAUUUGCUUCAAGCUCAUCGAGAUCAGGAUGAACUUUAUUUGUCCUCAUGAGAGUGAAACUCAAGAUUAAGAUGAAACUGACGAUGAAUAGUCAGUUUAUUGAAUAUGAAGUUGGUUAAUGAAGCAGCAGACUGUUUCUGUUUUCUACUUCAGGUUUAUUUGGUUUUCAUUCGUCUAAACAUCAGAGAGGAAACAAUUCAGAUACAAAGAACGACUCGUCUUCACUAACCCGUCUACAUGAACUCUUCAGUGUGAGAACAGUCCCAUCUGUUCUGUUUAAAGCUUCGGGACGCUUUUCUUUUUUUGUUCACACAUUAAUGAAAAUAAAAUGUUUAAAGAGAAAAGAAAUCAGAAAUAUUAAAGCAUCACUUCUCUCA